UACACCUUCAACAUUUUCAUCCAUGACUUCUUCAACUGUCACUCUCAUCUUCCUAUUUUUCUCUCACUUUCUUAAAGGGUCAAAUUCAGCGAAAUUUACUAUAGUAAACAAGUGUAGUUUCCCGGUUUGGCCAGGGAUUUUGUCCGGCGCCGGAACGGCGCAACUCGCUACCACCGGCUUUGCCCUGCAACCCGCUCAGUCCGACGCCUUCGUCGUCCCCACCAAUUGGUCCGGCCGCCUCUGGGGCCGAACCCUGUGCUCCACGGACUCCGCUGGAAAAUUCUCCUGCGUCACCGGAGACUGCGGCUCCUCCGCCAUGGAAUGCAACGGUGGAGGGGCAGCUCCGCCUGCCACACUAGCUGAGUUCACCUUGAACGGCGGCGGUGGACUGGAUUUCUACGACGUCAGCGUGGUGGACGGCUACAACCUCCCCAUGCUGGUUGAGGCACAAGGCGGCGGGGGAAACUGCACCGCGACCGGAUGCGCGGCGGACUUGAACGGAGGGUGUCCGGCGGAGCUGAAGGUGAGGGCAGCAGCGAGUGGGGAAGGCGUUGCGUGCAAGAGCGCGUGCGAAGCCUUUGGGGAUCCGCGGUAUUGUUGUAGUGGGCCCUACUCGACGCCUGAGACAUGCAAGGCGAGCUCUUACUCGCAGUUGUUCAAGAGCGCGUGCCCACGCGCCUAUAGCUUCGCAUACGACGAUGCCACCAGCACCUUCACUUGCGCCUCUGCGGAUUACCGCAUCACUUUCUGUCCCUCCUCCACCAAAAGGUCGAUAAAAUCAGGAAAUGGGAAAUUCCCAGUUGCAGUAGAUGUGUCAGUUGGGCAUGGUUAUGCUGAGAAGUCACCGAAGCUGAUGAUAUUAGGUCUUGCCACUGUUUUAUUAACAAUAUGGUGGCAACUAUAAAUUAGGUGAUGGAAGCAAUUAAAGACUAUAAUUCAUAUUCCAGAAGAGUUCAGUUUUUGAUGAACUAUGCGUCCAUGCCAAUGAUAGUUUCCAUUACUACAAUGCAUGAGGAGAUCAACUUGUGGUUCACACGCACAUAUAUAAUCAGCAGCAGGGUCAAGAUUGUAACACAACUUCAACAAAAUCAACAGAUUUAGAUGAUUCCACAACCAGAAUUAGGAUUUUAAAUCGGAUUUUGGUGAUAUGGCUGUGUUAUGUAUAGUUGUUUUCUUUGUUGCAAGCUGAUGCAAUUGUAUAGUUUACAAUUAGAGAGUGAAUUCUUGGGUGCCAUAAAA